GCUCUCCCAGCUGUCACACGCUUGUUAUCAGGACUGGCAAGAGCUGGGGGUCCCCAGGGGUCAGCCCAGACAGCGCAUGAAGGGAGCAAGCCAGAAAGAGUCCAUGCCUCUAACACUGUGAGCGGAGCCUAGGGAGGGAAUGGCUGCACCAUCUGAAUGGGUUCUAGAAGCAGUUUCCAUUGCGGUCGGGAGUGGGAGCCCAGCACACAUGGUGGGCGCUGCUGUGGGCUGAGACUGGGCUGGACACAUGUGUUUCCCAUCGAUCGCUGGAGACAGCCCAGUAGCGGGGAGCUGGCCUGACAAAGCCGUAUUGAAGAGCAGAGUAGGGUUUCAAAGCAGGCCGAAAAAGAAGGGGAAUGCUGUUCAGGAAAUUCUUCAGGCAUGGGCAGGGACUUGGCUGCAGUUCGGCUGUUGGAAAAUCUGACUGGGGCAGCCGCUGAGCACAGGCCUGGCCUGCUCACACCCCGCAGAACGAGCGGGCAGCUGCCUCCUUCCCAGCCGCUCGCAGCCCCCAGCAUCGCACCCCAGGCAUCGCGCGCGCUGGACUGCACCCCCAGAACUGCACACCCCGGAGAUUGCUGGUGAAGUCUCGCAGCUGUACGGCAGAGGGGAGAUUCUGCUGUCCCUUGCUGGCUUCCCCACCACAACACAGAAAGAUGCCUCAGGAACAGUACACUCACCACCGGAGCACCAUGCCCAGCUCCGAGGGGCCACAGGUAUACAAAGUGGGCAUUUACGGCUGGCGGAAAAGAUGCCUGUAUUUCUUCGUCCUGCUCCUGAUGAUUUUAAUCCUGGUGAACUUGGCCAUGACCAUCUGGAUUCUCAAAGUCAUGAACUUCACAAUUGAUGGAAUGGGAAACUUGAGAAUCACAGAAAAAGGUCUCAGGCUGGAAGGAGACUCAGAAUUCUUACAACCUCUCUACGCCAAAGAAAUACGGUCCCGACCAGGUAACGCUCUCUACUUCAAAUCUGCCCGGAAUGUCACCGUGAACAUCCUCAAUGACCAAAUGAAAGUGCUCACACAGCUGAUCACAGGUCCAAAAGCUGUCGAAGCUUAUGGCAAAAAGUUUGAGGUGAAAACUGUUUCUGGAAAACUGCUCUUCUCUGCAGAUAACAAUGAAGUCGUAGUAGGAGCUGAGAGAUUAAGAGUUCUAGGAGCAGAGGGCACAGUGUUCCCCAAAUCUAUAGAGACACCUAAUAUCAGGGCAGACCCCUUCAAGGAACUAAGGCUGGAGUCCCCAACCCGGUCUCUGGUGAUGGAGGCCCCGAAAGGAGUAGAAAUAAAUGCAGAAGCUGGCAAUAUGGAAGCCACCUGCAGAACGGAGCUGCGACUGGAGUCCAAAGAUGGGGAGAUUAAGUUAGAUGCUGCGAGAAUCAAACUACCUAGGCUGCCUCACGGAUCCUACACACCUGCAGGGAACAGGCAGAAGGUCUUCGAGAUCUGCGUCUGCGCCAACGGGAGGCUGUUCCUGUCCCAGGCAGGAACCGGUUCCACUUGUCAGAUAAACACAAGCGUCUGCCUUUGAAAGACUAUCCAUGGGGGACACGGACAGCAACAUAAAAGCCUUUUUUUUUGGCUUCAGACACUGGCUGCCAGCUAUUUUUACUAGAAACACAGAAGGCCUCUCAAAGACCUUGUGUGUGUGUGUGCGCGCGCGUGUGUGCUUGUGUGUGUACGUGUGCGUGUGCUUGCGUGGCUGGGUGGAUAUAAAUAUAUAUAAAUAUAUAUAAAUAAAUAUAUAUAUAUCCUCUGUAU